GCCGCCCACAAGGAAAAGGAGAGCCGGCGCUGUUGCCUGCUUCAAAACGCACCGCGCAAGAAGCGGGAGGCGGAGAGCAGGAGCAGGGCAUGCCUUGCGCGGGGCGCCUGUUGGUGCGGGCGCUCUCCGAUCGCUAGUCCCGAGACGCAGGAUUUGCUGAGCGUUCUGUCUUGAGGUAUGAUCGAGGCUGCGGUGAAGUAGUGGGGGCGAAAAAAGGAAAUCGUUCCUCUGUUUCUGUCCAAGUUUCUAAAGAGAAGCGCCGAGGAGAAGGAGCGAAGCGCUCCAAGUGACCUGUUCUGUUACCCAGGUUUCACUUCGCUCUUAAAUAAGAGAGCCUGGAUUUACUUCCUGACGAGAGUGAGGACAAAGAGAAAAUAAAUCACUUGGAUGGAUUCCUGAGCUCCCGUUUUAGUUUAAUUUCUUUUCCAUCCCACCUCUUCAUAUAUUUCCUCUCUUCCCGGAGAUAUGAAUCUCAGAACUGGGUGUCACAGAAAUCACCGGGAAGGAAGAAUCCUAAGCUCGGCUCAACGCAAACACCUCUGGGCUGGGAUGUGAGUGCAACGUUUGCAAGCAACUUUGGAAUCCAAGGAAGGAGCGGCCCAGAAAGAAGCCCAAGCGGGGGUCGCGUCGGCAGGCAGGCCAGCUGCCCAACUGGGGCGCUAACUAUUCUUGCCCGUUCAACGAAAGGAUGGAUUCCGCAGGCAACUGCGUCUGACGCUCUCGGCAAACAGUAGGUAUAGUGAAAUGAAGAAAUUUGUGAAGAUGCUAAAGCAACUAAAUUUGGGGGCACUAUCCGUGGUGCUGAUUCUUUCUCUGGGGCUUCCAGAAAUCACACUUUCGUGUCCUCACCCAUGCGCCUGUUAUGUUCCCACUGAAGUUCACUGCACAUUUCGGUCCUUAGCAGCUGUGCCAACAAGAAUCUCUAAGCAUGUGGAACGAAUCAAUUUGGGGUUUAACAGCAUACAGGCAAUAUCUGAAAACUCAUUUGCAGGACUUGAAAAACUAGAACUCCUCAUGCUCCAUGGAAAUGACAUCCAAAAUAUACCCAACGGGGCCUUAAAAGAUCUGGCUUCACUACAGGUGUUUAAAAUAAGCUACAACAAGCUGCAGGUUAUAACUGGGCAGACCCUUCAAGGACUUUCCAGUCUUAUGAGAUUGCACAUGGACCACAACCAAAUUGAAUUCAUCCAUCCAAAUGCUUUUAAUGGAUUAACUUCCCUCAGACUUCUUCAUUUGGAAGGAAACUUGCUCCAGCAGCUUCACCCCAACACAUUUUCUACAUUUUUGGUCCUUGAUUAUUUCAGGCUGUCGACAAUAAAGCACCUCUAUUUGUCUGAAAAUGCCAUUAGGACACUGCCUGAGGGCAUUUUUCAAAACAUGCCACUCCUAGAGAAUGUUUAUCUUCAUGGGAACCCCUUGUCUUGCGACUGCAGGUUGACAUGGCUCCUUGAAUGGAAUCAGAAGUCUGUAGGUGUUCUAAAGUGUAAAAAAGACAAAGCCUAUGAAGAUGGCCAGCUUUGCCCUAAAUGCAGCUUCCCAAAGCAAUUCCAGAAAAAGGACAUUCAAAAUGUGAAAAAUGUUUCCUGCACAAAGCCCAUCAUACAAUCUCCACUGAAACAGAACAUCAGCCUCAAGGAUGAGGAGGAACAUGGUGACAGCUCUGAGCUUCCCAUGGAAGAGUUUCAGCUGUCUCCAUGGAACAUUACUCUGAACAUGACAGAUGAGCAUGGAAACAUAGUGAAUCUGAAGUGUGAAACCAAGAAACCAACAAACUCCACCCAAAUUCAAUGGAACCAGAACUCUCCUCAGGAAAUUGAAGUCAACGCAACCAUUUCCCUGGAUUUGGAAUGCCUAAUGAACCGAGACAAUUAUGAAAAAUUGUGGAAGCUUAUUGCUUAUUAUAGCGAAGUGCCUGUCAAGUUAGAAAGGGAACAUGUGCUCACCCAUGAACCAAAACUGAGCUAUCAUUACAGGCAAGGUUCUGAUUAUGAUGCCCUUUACUACACAGGUGUCAAAGGGAGAAUUCAUGCUGAGCCUGCCUGGGUGAUGCAACCACUGAUAUUCAUCCAAUUAAACAGACGCCAGAGCACAGGGGAAAAAGUAGUGCUCUCUUUUUCUACCCAGGUUUCUCAGACACUUCAGAUUCAAGAAAACAGACAGCAGAGAACCAGCUGGGUUAUGAUAGAGCAAGACCAGCACACCAGAGCAGCUCAGAGUCUCGUGGAAGGUUCAGAUGCUCAGCUGAGUUGCAAUGUGAAAGCAUCAGAAAGUCCCUCCAUCAAGUGGAUGCUUCCAGAUGGGACUAAACUGAAAGCUCCAUUCAACAUGAAAGACAGCAGGUUUUCUGUCCUCAGCAGCGGUCAGUUAGUCAUCAAAUCAGUGGCCUACACUGAUUCAGGUGUGUACCACUGUGUUGCUCAAGUGAGGAGUGAUGUAGACACAGUCCCCUACAGACUUCUGGUGCAACCUCCAGUCAUCCAGCCAGCUGACUCUGAGACAAUGAAAGUUGAAAAAAAUGUGGGGGAUUCCAUACUUUUGCCCUGUAGUGCCGUGGCUGUACCAGAUGCACACCUAAGCUGGAUACUCCCAAGUAGUCGUAUUCUUCAUGAUUUCUCAAACUCAUCCAAUGGGUACUUGUUAGAUAACGGCACACUGUUAAUUCCACGCAGCCAUGUCAGUGACAGUGGGUAUUACAGGUGUGUGGCUAUCAACCAACAAGGAUCAGAUCAAUUUGCUGUUAAAAUAACAGUAAAUAAAAUGGUAUCUGACAGAUCCUCAAAAAGGGUGAAAUUAAAAAAGCACCCUGGUUCAAGAACCUCUGCAAAGGGAAAGGGAUGGAUCAUAGAAGAUGAUGAGGGAUCAGGUGCUGAAGAGGCUGAUGGUACUCUGAGCAAAAAAAACCAUCUGAAGGACCGUGAAGUAUCCCUUAAACAAAAGAAUGAAAAUGUUCCUCAUCUUCAGGUUAAGAAGAAUAAAAAAGGAAAACGCAAAAUGAAAUUAUGGAAAGGCAUAGACAGGACUGAAGAGAUCAAUGUUGCAGAGGGCCGUAGGGUAUUUGAAUCCCGAAGGAGAAUAAAUAUGGCAAACAAACAAAUUAAUCCACAGCACUGGGCCAACAUUUUGGCAAAAGUCCGUGGGAAAAAUUUUCUUAGAACAACUACAUCUCCAGCUCCUUCUUUAAAGACUACAACAGAGACACCAUCCAUGCACCAAACCACUGGUGCUCUUCCUCCCAUUGUCAGCCCCCCACUGAAGACCACUGUGGAAGAAAAUAGAGAGGGGUCUUCUGCAGGUGCAUCACAUGUAGAUGAGGCAAAGCUGUUCUCAGUCACAAUUCUUCCCACUGUCAACACACAGAAUUAUGAUCAAGACCAAAUGCCUUCUACAGCAAUGAGUAUUGAGCUUGAGUCUUCUGUAGAACAUGAAUUGUCAAACACAUCAGAAAGCCCAUACAAUGUGGAAACACCCAUUGCAAGGGAUACUUCAAUCUCUCCAACUGUACAGACACAGUCUUGGGAUCAUAAUGAUUUGAGGACAGAUGAUCCACCAGGACAACCGAUAAGCAUAGAUGGUUUCACCCAAGAUCCCUCAAAUGAAAAAGCAAUAAGCAGUUUGCCUUACAUUCAAAGUACCUUGAAAACAUUGGACAAAGGAGACAGAACUACACAAUAUACAUCCUCCUCUUCACCCAAAGCCCAUCUCCUUGCAAAAACUCCUGUAUCUGAAGGUGUAGAAACAAAUUUACAGCAGAAGAAUAUGAAUAAGCUAGAUAAUGCUGUAACACAUUCUACACAUUCUCAAAUUGACAACUAUAUGAAUCCAAUAGCCACUGCUACCAUUUUUGCUUCUGGAGCUACAGACAGUGGUAACAGAGAGCAUCAGAAAGGAAUAAUUUCAUCUGAACUGUUCAGAGAUUCUGAAGGUAUAAUACUUGAAAACACAAAUGCUCAAAAACCAGAAGCCACUUUUAUUAUGGAAAGUACCACUACUCCAUUUAAAAAGAGAGACUGGACAAUGAUUCCUGCUGCCAACAACAAACUGACCACAGUGACUAUGAUUGCAAUAAAAACAACUACCCCUAAUGCACAAGUUAUCCAGCAUCCCCGAAGGCGACCAUAUGGUAGAAGGAGAUUAAGACCAAAUAGGUACAGAAGGCCAAAGCCUAUUCCCCCUACUGUCUUUACCACAGAAGAGACACCAUUUAUUCAAAAAGUAUCUAAAAUAGAAACUGAUACCCAGAGUUUGCAAAGUUCCAUUUUUAAGGAUCAUCAUAAACCUGAUGCUGAAACACACCAUGAAAAUGAGUAUAGGCCUUUGGAAGUAAGUUCUCCACUAACUACAAUUACUACUGCUUUACAAAUGUCCAUCGGGUCCCAAGACAUGGAAGGAGCGUCACUUCUUCAUCUUUCAACUUUGCCACCUAAAACACCUGCAAUUCAUUCCAAUGCUGCCAAGGACCACAAAAGUGUCACAGUGAUAUCACCAACACAUGGUUCUCUAACUAGAGCCCCAAAUACACAGUUGCCUUUAUCUCACAACUCAGGACAUAUGUUUACAACAUCUGCAGACAAUGAAUUCAUCAAAGCUUCUGAAGGUAAUGCUAUUACAGCAAAUAAUGAAGUCAGAAACUCACAUACAACAAGUGCUCCAAUAUCUAUAGAAAGUUUCACUAGCCCAGUGCCACCUUCUGAGCUUAGUUUCUCAGUGGAUCCAGAAUUGGGAGAAAAAAUGCUUCUUAUUGGUUCUUCAACACCAAGAAAUGGCAUUGACUUAAGAGCAGCUCAGUCAAGACCUGCCACUGUACAGCAUUUGACUACUGUUUAUAGCAUAGGGAGCCAUUUUAAGGCUCCUCCAAUUGUAGAUGAACAGGAUAAAUUUUCAGACUCUCAAAGCAUGACUACAGUUGCAACAUCUCCCCAUCAAAAAGAAAUACUGACUUCAUCUUUCUAUAGCACAGUGAAUGAUCACCUUUUUAGACCUACAGAGACCAAACAGGUGAUUACUCCUUGGCACAAUAGAACACACAUACCACCAUCUUCAAGGCACACAAAAGAUAUGAUUACUCAUUUACAUGAUCGGCAUGAUCAGACUAAUGCUUAUAGAACUGAAAAUAACUAUCCCCCAGUAUUUCCCAUUGCAUCUGCACCUUUAGCCACUACCCUUCCUCCAUCAGUGCCUAGCACUCUUAAUUUGUCUGAUCAUUUGUCCACAAAGGAAAAUUACACGUUUGGUCAACUAGCACCUCUGGACACUAGAAGAUUCAAUGUUGAAAGCAUAAAGACCAAACUUAGCCCAAGACAGAAUGAACUUUCCACUUCAUAUUCAAACAGAAUCACCACACAACAAAAGCAAGACCAACUGAAAGAACCAUAUGGUGGCAGAAGAUACAACAGUCUAUCUCUGAAUCCAAAUAUUCCUAACCAACCAAUUGGGAUUAUACCCAUUUUUAAUCAGCCACCGGCUUUUGCACCUCCAAAACAUAUCCCUACGAGAGGGACCAUGAAGCCUCCUUACCUCGUUGCACCAGGACCCUUCCACCAUUUGGUAACUCACCAGGUCCCACUUCACUAUACUAAUAAACCAGAGAUAACAGCAUAUGCAGCAUAUACCAUGCAGGACAGAAAAACCUCUUCUCAUACAGAGACCUUUCCCACCACAACAGCUGCUCCAUUAUACAGACCUAAGUUGCAUAUCCCAAGUAGUUUCAGCAACCAGGGUGAAACUAGACACAACACUCUCUCCAGAAUUUUUGCAAAUAACUACCUUCCUGAUACCAGAGACAGGCCUGGAGGAACAAUAAAGCAAGUUGUACCGUAUUUUCCCAAUUCCAGAAAACCUUUCCUGUUGAACAGAACUAGGGUAUUCCAGCAUUUAGGAGUAAACUCUAAACCAGUGAUGCCUAAUCUGUUUUCCCCAGUAAGCACAACUGAGAAUAAAGUUUUUCUUCCAACCAAGGUGAUCACACAAAGCACUCUUUUAAGGGCCACAGCUAUCUCACUGCCUCCGGUGCCCUUGGGUACUGCACCACCAGCCAUGACUGCUACUCUUAGCAUUAAACCUCAAGUGACUUCAGUGAUGCAGUCCUCCAGAAGCAUGCAUCUUAAUAAUCCAAAUGUGCUAUUUGUGCCUGAAACAGGAGGAGUUAAGACAUUUAAUUCCAGCAUAAUCCAGCCUUCAGCACAUUUCAAGAUACAAGGAGAAAGGCCUAAGAUUAUAACAAAAGGAUCUAACAGGUUAUCCAUCCUUGCUGAAUCAGAUGCUGUUAUCCCAUGUGAUGCUACAGGAGACCCCAAGCCUUUACUUUCUUGGACAAAAAUCUCCACAGGAGCUCUAAUGACAGCUAAUACAAGGAUACAACGAUUUGAAGUCUUGAAAAAUGGUACGUUCAUUAUUCACAAUGUUCAGCUUCAGGACCGUGGACAGUAUUUGUGCUCUGCACAGAACCUGCAUGGUGUUGAUAAAAUGAUAAUCUUAUUGACCGUCUUAGCUCAGCAGCCAAAAAUGCUGGGUUCCCAUUUCAGAGAUGUGACUGUUUAUUUUGGAGAAAAAGUAAGCAUGGAUUGCCAAGCCAAUGGCAUUCCAAGCCCACAUAUUUCUUGGAUUUUUCCUGACAGGAAAAUAUUACAAACCGUGACUACUACAGAAGGAAGAGUGAUGCUGUAUGAAAACCGAACUUUGUCCCUCAAGGACACUAACUUCUCAGACCGGGGAGUUUACAAGUGCAUAGCCAGCAAUGCUGCAGGAGCUGACAGCCUUGCUGUGAGACUUCACAUUGCUGCCUUGCCACCUAUUAUCCAGCAGGAGAAACAGGAAAACAUUACCCUCAAUGUGGGACAGAACAUUAACAUUCACUGUAGUGCCAAAGCAGCUCCACCGCCUGGUGUCCGUUGGGUGCUUUUUGAUGGAACCCAGAUCCGAACUUCCCAGUUUGUCCGUGGCAAUCUGUUUGUUUUUCCAAAUGGAACACUUUACAUACGUAAUGUCUCUCCCAAAGACAGUGGGAGCUACGAAUGCAUUGCAGCCAACAUGGUUGGUGCUGCCAGGAGAACUGUGUGGUUGCAUGUCAGCAAGCAGUCCACAAAUGCCAAGAUUACUGGGAGCUCUCCUCAGAGAACUGAUGUGACUUAUGGCAGUACCCUGAAAUUAGACUGCAGUGCAUCUGGGGACCCCUGGCCACGGAUACUCUGGAGGUUACCUUCAAAAAGGAUGAUGGAUUCUCUACAAAGUUUGGACAGCAGAAUCAAGGUAUUUGGCAAUGGAACUCUGGUUGUCCAUUCCAUCACUGACAAGGAUGCAGGAGACUAUCUGUGUGUGGCCCGCAAUAAGAUUGGUGAUGACUACGUGGUUCUCAAAGUGAAUGUAAUGAUGAAACCUGCCAAAAUUGAACACAAGAAUGAGAAUAACCACAAGGUGAUGUAUGGAGGGGACCUGAAAGUUGACUGUGUAGCCACAGGUCUACCAAAUCCUGAGAUCUCCUGGAGCCUUCCAGAUGGCAGCAUGAUCAAUACCUUCAUGCAAGCCGAUGAUAGUGGAAGCCGAGCAAAGAGAUAUGUGGUGUUCAACAACGGGACACUGUACUUCAAUGAAGUAGGGCUGAGAGAAGAGGGGGACUACACCUGUUAUGCUGAGAACCAGAUUGGUAAAGAUGAGAUGAAAGUGCGGGUCAAAGUAGUGGCUGAACCUGCCACAAUUAGGAAUAAAACCUAUAUAGUUGUCAACAUCCCAUAUGGAGAUGUGGUGUCUGUAGGAUGUGAAGCAAAAGGUGACCCCACACCAAAAGUGAUCUGGUUGUCUCCAAGCAACAGGCCUAUCCCAAUUCUGUCAGAUAAAUAUCAGGUAUACAGAGAUGGUACUCUUCUCAUACAGAAAGCCCAAAGAUCUGACAGCGGCAACUAUACAUGUGUUGCCCAGAAUACUGCCGGGGAAGACCGGAAAGUUAUCUUGAUCCAUGUCAACGUUCAACCUCCCAAAAUAAAUGGGCACCCCAGUGCCAUCAUCUCAGUGAGAGAAAUGGUCCUAAGGGACACUCGGAAGCUCAUUGACUGUAAAGCAGAAGGCAUCCCAUCUCCACGGGUCAUGUGGGCUUUCCCAGAAGGAGUGAUCCUACCUGCCCCCUAUUAUGGGAACAGAAUCACUGUGUACCGCAAUGGUACACUGGACAUUCGUGGAGUGAGGCAGACAGACUCAGUGCAGCUGGUGUGCAUUGGCAGGAAUGAAGGGGGAGAAGCCAGGCUGAUUGUGCAGCUUCAAGUUGUGGACCGUGUGGAAAAGCCAACCUUCAGGGAUCCUGUCACAGAAAGGAUCACUGCUGCUGCGGGACACAGUAUCAAUCUGAACUGCUCAGUACAUGGGGCCCCUCAACCUAGCACAGCCUGGAUCCUUCCCAAUGGCACAGAACUUCAGAAAAGCAGCCAUUUGCACCGAUUUUACCACAAGAGGAAUGGAAUACUACACAUCACUGCCCUGUCUGCAGCAGAUGCUGGGACAUACCGCUGCACUGCCAGGAACCCAGGUGGUUAUGCAGAAAGGGUGGUCUUCCUCAAAGUGGGGCUGAAACCAGAAAUCGGCAAUCAGUAUAACAAUCUAGUGAGCAUCAUCAAUGGGGAGACCUUGCAGCUUCACUGCAUCUCCCAGCCCAGCCAGCGGGCUCACAUAACCUGGACGCUACCCAAUGGAAUGGUGUUAGAUGGUCCGCAAGCUAUUGGUAGAUUCUCUGUGUUAGAAAAUGGCUCUCUCACUGUGCGUGAGGCGUCUGUGUUUGACAGAGGUACUUACCUGUGCAAGGUCACAACGGAGUAUGGCUCUUCCCUUAUGAACGUCCCAGUAAUUGUGAUAGCCUAUCCACCUCGGAUCACAAGUGAACCAGCUCCCAUCAUUUACGCGAGGCCAGGCAAUACGGUGAAGCUGAGCUGUAUGGCCAUUGGGAUCCCUAAAGCAGAAAUAACAUGGGAUCUCCCAGACAAAUCGCAUCUGACAACAGGAGCUCAGUCCCGUCUGUAUGGAAACAAAUUUCUUCACCCUCAGGGCUUGUUAAUCAUCCAGCAAGCUACACAAAGGGAUGCAGGCUUCUACAAAUGCACUGCUAAAAAUAUACUAGGCAGUGAUUCAAAAGCAACCUACAUACACAUAUUCUAAAGUUCAAACAAAUGUCUUUGAAUACACAAAAAUAUCCCUGCCAAGCGAGCACAGCUAGGAAAAUACUGUUGCUAAAUGAAACCAAUUGUACUAAGAGAAGAGCAGGGUUGUGCCAGAAAUAGUGUAAUACAGCUUUAUCUUCAUGAUAUACCAAAAUACUAGUCAGGCAGGUAACAUAUCUGAGAAAAUCUCUGUACCUUCUCAAUGAUCUAAGAGGGCUUCUUGCCAUCUGCCUUGGAACCUGAGACUAGAGCUGAAGAGGAAGGAAGAUUAAAUAUCCUGCAAUGUUUCGUAUUGACAGUGUGAACUUUUCCAAUUUUGCUUUUGACUUGAAGGGUGCUUUAGUCCAGCCAAAUACAUAUCUCGGAUAUAUAACCAUAUCUCUGAUAUAUAAUCCAGCCAAGGUUAAGGACUUUUACAUUUCAUUGAUUUCAAUGGCAGAGUUAACAACUGAGAUCACUGGGACCUAAUAACUGCCUGACUUUGGCUAGAUUGUAUUAUAUAACCUCCCAGCCAAGAAUGGAGAACCCCAUUGUUGGACUUCCAUCAGCCUCAAUCAGCACAGUCAAGGAUGAUGAGAGUUAUAGUCUAACAACAUCUGGAGAGCCACAGGUUAGUCACAUAUGUCAUAAUGUAAUAGCCUUAAGCUGACCCUCCAGAUGUUGCUGGCCUACAACUCCCACUGUCCCUGACCACUGAAUCCUCUGUGUUAUGGCAUCCCCAUGCUAAGUUUUUCUCUUCUCCUGUAUAACAUAUAGGAACAGUCAUCUUAUGAUGUGAUAUCACAUUGUGAGUUUCUUACUCCACAGCAUUGGGUGGCUGAGGGCAGAGAAGAAUACUUGAUUCAGGAAUGCCAUUCUCAGCAGCAGUCCAGUAAGAAGUAGUUAUGACCCAAGUCUGGUUGACCCAUUUCAAGCAAUAAUAUUUUGCUUGACAAAUUAUUUUACACUAUGUGCUAUCUAAAAACUCCUAUAUCAGGAAUGGGGAAACCUUACACUCUUUAAAUGUGGUUGGAUUCCAGCUCCCAUCAGCCCCAGUCACCAUGGGCAAAGGAUGGGGUAAUGGGAGUUGUAAUCCAGCAACAUGUGGAAGACCACAGGUUCUAUCCCUGCCCUGUGGCUUCUGCACUUGGCAGAAGGGAAGAAAAUCAGAAUAUAAAUUUGCAUCUUUUGCAAGCAAAUUUAAACUAGGAGCAACUUGUUGAAAAUUUCCCUUACCCAACUCUGUUUUGGUUCUACCCAUGAUGUAAAGUACUAUGACCACUGAAAGGCCAAAUCUAUGCCUUAAUGCACCCAGCACCUUAAAACAUACCAAAGAAGUAUUAAAUAUAACAAAAGAGCUGAUGUGAAAGUUGAUUCAUUUUUAUUUUUUUAUUGGGCACAAACUGUUUCCUUAAUCCCCUGCAAUGCUUUGACAUAGCCAAGCCUUUAUAGAAUAUGAUUACUAAUGUAGGGUGCAAUCCAAGUUGAUUUUGCACCGGGCUGGGGGGAGCUGGACGAGGUGGCUCCUCAGCUGACCUGGCAGGCUCCUGGCGCCACCAGGCCCCACCAACAGAACCCCCCCCCGCUAAGCUGCAGCGCAGACAGGACCUUGCUGGAGCUGCUGGGGAUCCACCAAGGAUGGCCAGCCCAGCAGACUGAAAGCCGGCAAAAGCCCUGAAAAUGGGGCACAGCAGAGGAGGAGCUGGGGGGACUUAUGCAAGAUCGAAGUUCCCUUCGGAAUGCUCCCCCGGGUCCCGCUCCACACAAGAAUUCCACCGGCAAAAAGGUCGGCAGAGUAAAAUAACGACAACGGUGGUCUAUGGGGAGCGCUUACUCCCCGGUAGGCCUAUUCAUGGGAGCUGGCUCUUCCAGUCAGGCUCUCAACAGAGCCUUCACUCAGCUGGGAUGGUGGCUCCUAAGCAGCAAGUGGAUGCUGCGGAGCUUCCCACUGCCUCCUCCUCUACCGCCCCUUCUCCUGCCGGCUACCCGUAAAUUGGAUUACUCCAACUUACUCUGUUCAUUCUUCUGUCAGCAGUCUGGGUUCAACUCUUCUGUUAGCAAUUUAAAACACACACCUAACAAUCCUGAUUUUUAUUUCGCACAGCCUAGCAAUAAUUACUGUAACAGUGCAAAUGCCUCACAGCAAGGGAAUCCCUAGCUGACUUUAGUCAUUCUAUAUUUUAUAUGGUGGGUUUGUUUGUUUCAGACUAUGAGACUGGAAUAAUAACAGUGACCUGUGUCUCAGUGUAUAAAUUAUUGGUCUUUACAAGACUCUGAUACUUCUACUGUGUUUUGUAUAAUAUUAAGAUCAGUAUACUGUAUGUUUUAUAAUAAAAAAAAAA